AUGGAAACGGCACUUCAUCUAGCCAAAACUAGGAAGAAAGGAAAGACAAACGUAAGAGAGUUAGGAUUCAUAAGAGUAAAUACAUUUGUUUCAAAUAAAUCCAAUUAAAGAGUCUGCAAAUUAAAUUAGUAAUCUCUUAAUUAAUUUUAUUCUGGAAUUAUUCGUAUAAAGGAAGAUAAUUUGAAAAAAAGUAAAGUCUUGAUUCCUAAUUACUUUACGCAACCUUCGAUUCUUUGCCACUUACUUUUAUACAAUUUUAAGACUAGAACAGUCAAGUCAAAUCAAAAGUAUUUAAAGACGUGGCUAAUUAGUAUUAUUUAUAUUUCAAUCAAUAUAAUUUCUCUGUCUGAGCUUAGAGUCAAUAAUAACCUACUUCGAUCAAACAAUUAACAAUAGUAUGUAUAUGGAUUCGUCUAUUAUAAAAAUUUAAUUUUUAAGUACACAGUUUUUAUAGCAAAUAAGAACCAUAAAUUCUAAUAAAAGCAAUUUUAACUUUACCAAUUUACUAUUAUUCUUUGUUUGCACUUAAAUAAUCAAUUUUUAUGUAAUUAAAAGAGCUGUACUGUAAAAUUCCGCAAGGACUGCAGACUUUUUUUAAUUAUUACCUUUAAAAUAUGUAAAGACUUUCUGAUAGAUAAUUAAUUCUGCACAGAAAAACAAAGGUUAAAAAUAAAAGUUACUAAAAUUUACAAUUAAAUAAAUUAUUUAUCAAAUUGUUAUCAAGUUGUAAUCUAAAUCGGAAAAAUAAAUUAAAUUAAAAACGUUUUUAUAAAUAAAUAAAUAAAUUUUAAAAAAUAAAUUUUACAAUGUAUUUUAUGUUUUACAAAAAUUAACAAAACUAGGUUCAUUUUUAAUUAAAAAUAACAAGUUUAAUAAUUUUUCAAUAAAUGCAUAAAUGAAAAAAUAAAAUAUUGA